UUCUUCGACUAGCAACAUCGCGUGUCAGCCAGUCGAAAGAUUUUUUUUCAUCCCAAAGCAUUAUUUAUCCGUCCGUUCUGAAAAAUGUCGGUCCUGCUCACUCUGCAAAACGACGUAGUUUUUCGGCACUUUGCAUGGUGGUCAGCCGCAAUGUCGGCGAAAAUGCUAUGCAUGAUGCCACUCAUCGGACGUCAACGUUUUCGCAAAUUAGUGUAUUUGAAUCCCGAGGAUGCCCAAUUUGUCGGCAAAAAAGCGCGUGUUUCUAACGACGACCCUGAUGUUGAGCGCCCGCGACGAGCCUUUCUCAACGACCUCGAGAACAUCCUACCGUGGUUCAUCAGCACCAGCAUCUUCCUUACGACCAGUCCCAGGUCAGCUUUGGCAAUCAAUUUGAUGCGCAUUUUUGGUAUCAGCCGCAUCGCUCAUACUAUUGUAUACGCUGUCGUACCGAUACCCCAACCAGCACGAGCUAUUGCUUACUUCGUCGGAUACGGAGUGACCGUCUACCAAAUUUAUCUUACUCUGUUACAUUACUAUUAGCGUAAUAUUUUGAUAGAUGUGUCCUUUUGUAUAAUGUUGUGAAGAUUUUGGGUUCAUUGUGGCUAAUGUUUUUUUAAAUAAAAUUUCCAUUGUUUUUCCAAUAAACGAAUCAUUGUGAUUGUCGCAUUAUGCAUAGUCAUUGAAUCUAAAAGAGAAACUAAAAAAAGGCUCUCCGUAUAAGUCUAAGAACAUUUCUGCUGAUUCAUACAAAGUUCAUGUGCAUACAAAUGUCUCUAUUUCUAUGUCUUGUUAUCAGGAAACUUUUUACGACUAUUUUUUGUAUACAAAAACGAAUUGAAUAUUAAUUAAUAAGAGUCACUGUAAUGAAAGUCCGUAGUAAUAACGGUCAGAAAAAAGUUCGUCACAGACGGUGUACUGUAAAAUUAGCCAUAAAAAAUUUUUCAAGAUGUAUCAUACGUAUAAUUUAUAGAGUGAAAUGUAUAAUGAUUAAGAAACUACAAAAAUUUGUGAGAUAUAAAUCGUGUAUUGAGACAUUCUUUGAUUACUAAAUUUUUACAGUAGGAAAAGAACUUUUAAGAAAGCAUAUCUUUAAUUUUUACUUAUGUUUACGCUUGCUUUGAAUAUCUAUGGUUUAGAAUAAUAGGUAAAACGGAAUACAAUAUCUUAAAUAUAAAAAUGUAAUAUUGUUUAAGACUAUAAAAUUUUUUAUGCACAUUAUAAUGAAUAUAA